AACCCUAGUUUUUACAAUUCAGACUGCUUUACCCGUUGGGUCUAGUUCGGGACAGUUUCCUGUUAACCACAAGCCAAAUUGUGUGACAUAAUUUCAAAAUAGAUUCUAUCAUUCGCAAAGUGAAACACAUUGGAAAUAUGACAAGCAAAAGUUCAAAAAAAGAUAUUUCAAAAAAAAAAACCUCGAGUAAACCCGAUUCAGAGAUAAAACCGGUUCCACAACAUAUGGUGGAAAUGAAAGGUUCAAAAAAAAAGAAAAACGCCGGAACAUCAAAUGAAGUCCUUGUUCGCGAAACACCAGAAACAAAAAAUAAAAAAUCUAAAACGUCACACACAGCUGUAGCAGAUAGUAAAUCCAUAACAAAACUAGAAAAAAGUGUUUCUAAACAAGCUGAUCAAAAUAAGAAACCAACUGAAUACAAAACCAAAAAUUUAAAGGAAAAAGAUACUCAUAAAAAACAACCUGAGUCCAAAGAGGCUUUAAAAAAAAUAUCUAAGACGGCUACAACAACAUCAAGCUUAAAAAAAACCAAUAUCACCCCAAAGUCGAUAUUAAAGAAGAAGGAGGUAGAAGAGAGUGAUAGUAGUAGUGAUUCGGAUGACAGCAGUAGUAGUUCGGACGAAGAGACAAUGAAUUUACAAAAGGAGGAAAGCGAGUCAGACGAUAGCGAUAGCAGCGACAGUUCGGAUGAUAAAGAGGUCACAGUAUCAAAAACAGAACAAAGCGACUCAGAUAGUUCUAGUGACAGUAAUGAUUCUUCGGAUUCAUUAAAAGCUGAAACCUUAGAAAAGAACAGCAAAAAACUGAAACAAAAAAAACAGCCAUUAGCAAAGAUUGUUGAAAAAGAAAGCUGCAGUGAAAGUUCUAAUGAAGAUGAUUCAUCUGAUUCGGAUUCAUCUUCUAGCGACGAAACAUCAAAUGGAAAGGACGCUGAAGAAGACUCAAGCAAAUCAUCUUCUGAUGGUGAUUCAUCUUCAGAUGAUGAUGAUGAUGACUCCUCGUCAAGUAGUUCUUCUAACGAUAAAGCAUUACCAAGCAAGGAUAUUAAGAAAAAAAAUGCUACUGCUAUUGCCAAAAAUGAUUCAUCAUCUUCAGAUGAUAGCAGUUCUGACAGCGACGACUCAGAAACAGUUUUACCUGUUGUUAGCAAGAAAAGAUCAGCAAGUACAGCUCAAAUAACUACACAAGUGAAGGAAAAGAAAACAAAAAACGUUGCCUCAUCCUCCGACAGUUCAUCUGACGACUCAGAUACGAGUGAUUUUAGCGAAGAAGAGAAAACUCAACCAACGAAAAAAAAUAAAUCCGCUAGCGCUGGAGCUGCAUGCUCUUCGAGCAGUGACUCUGAUGAAUCUAUGGAACAACCUAUAAAGACUACUGCUGUAUCCAAGGAAAUGAAAAAAAAUGAUGCUGGUAACUUAUUGAAUAACCCCAAAAAAAAAUUACAAGGGUCAGGAGAUGAUGUAAAGAGUCGUGAAGUUUUUACUGGUGGAUGGCCAUUCGGGACAGGAGAGGACGAAAUUCGUGGUGUUUUUGAAGAAUCAUGCGGAAAAGUCGUUAAAGUAAAGGUAUUAGGACAGGGGGGUGCCGCAUUCAUUGAAUUCGAGACGGUUGAAGGUGCUAAAUCGGCGUUAGAAUGGAAUCAAACAGAUUACAAAGGUCGAAAACUAAGCAUAAAUAUGGCAGGUGAUAAACCUCAAAGACGAGAGUCUGGAGGUGGACGAACACCGGAGAUUCCAAACUCAACAGUAAUUGUGAAAAAUAUUUCUUUUAACGCUACAGAAGAUGACUUUGUGAAAGCCUUUAAAUCGUGUGGAAAAGUUAAUACCGUACGAAUGCCUGUAUUUCAAGAUUCUGGUAAACCAAGAGGAUUCGCUAUGGUAAAUUUCGCAACUGCUGAAGCGGCUCAAGCUGCCACAAAAUUAUCGGGAACUGAAGUUACAGGUCGAAAUGUGACAAUAGAAAUAGCUAAAGCUAGAGAGAAUACAGGUGGCAAUUCACAUCAAGGUAGUAAUAAUCGAAACUUUUCACGUGGAGGUCAAAAUAAUAGACGUGAUUCUGUCUCUGCACCAAAAGAUUUCCGUGGAAAGUCUACAACAUUUGAUGAUUCCGAUUAAAAAAUUGAAGAGCAAGACAUAAAACAGUUCCUUUUUUAAGAAAGAUUUCUUUUUAUUUUAGAUAAUAGUAAUUUAAUCGGUCGCAAGAAGUUUUUUAUUGUAUUAUUAAAUACUUUUUACUCUAAAAAUUGAUUUAGUUAUUUUCAAUGGUUUGUAAUAAAACAGAAUUUAUUUUUGAACACAAUAGAUAAAACCU